AUGAAAAAGAUGCAUUCAUUUUUUUUUCCCCUCUUCCUAUCCCUUGCGGUAUAUUUCAAAUAUAUAAAAUUAACGAAAUGCUUCAUGAUAAACACAAAAAGGAAUGUUGUACAAGGUGAAUGGAAACAUAGCAUGAUGAUGCCACAUGUAAGUGGAACGACAGAGGAAAGAAAGACAAUGAAGAAGCAAAAAAGUGCAGAAUUAGAAAAAACAAAUAUGCAACAACUGUUGAAUGAGGAAAAACACAAUAUACGAGGGACAAGGAAGAAAGACAUGUUGAUAAAAGGUGAAGGAAAGAAAAAAGAUUUAUACUCCUUCAUGUCAUUAAAGUUUAUGCCAUUUCUGGCAAACUCAUUUCCCCCUAUAGAGGGUAACAGCAUUCCCACACAAAUUGAACCAAAUCAUACUUAUAAUUUUGAAAAAAGUCCAACUAUCAGAUAUAUGCUUAUUGCUCAGGAGCGGAGAGACAAUUUCAUGUAUAUAUUUUUCAUUGUCAUUUCGUUUGUGGUUGUUGUUUUAAUUGCCAUUUUUGUUUUUAAAUUUUUUUUCAACCUUUAA